AUGCAAAAGCCCGAUGAUGACAGCAAAGCUAGACUCAGCAGCAUCGCGCCCUCGGCUAUGCUGGGUAGCCUUCUGGACGACCAGCACUGGCACUCGGUUCUCCUGGAGCGUGUGGGCAAACAGGCAAACUUCACCGUGGACACAAACACGCAGCACUUCCGGACCAAGGGUGAGACUGAUGUCCUGGACAUUGACUAUGAGCUCAGUUUUGGAGGAAUUCCAGUGCCAAGCAAACCUGGAACCUUUUUAAAGAAAAACUUCCAUGGCUGUAUUGAAAACCUUUACUACAAUGGAGUGAACAUAAUUGACUUGGCUAAAAGACGCAAACAUCAGAUCUACUCUGGCAAUGUCACAUUUUCCUGCUCAGAACCACAGCUCGUCCCCAUCACGUUCGUCAGCUCCAGAAGCAGCUGCCUGCUGCUGCCUGGCACCCCCCAGAUGGACGGACUGUCAGUGAGCUUCCAGUUUCGAACGUGGAACAGGGAUGGCCUGCUUCUAUCCACAGAGCUGUCUGAAGGCUCAGGGACCCUGAUGCUCAUGCUGGAGGGUGGGACUCUGAGGCUCCUGAUUAAGACAGUGGCAGGACAUGGAGCUGAAAUCCUUACAGGCAGUGACUUGAAUGACGGUCUGUGGCAUUCUGUCAGCGUCAAUGCCAGGAGAAACCGCAUCACUCUCACACUGGAUCACGCUGCCGCUUCCCCGGCUCCAGACACCUCCCGGCUGCACAUUUAUUCUGGAAACAGUUACUACUUUGGAGGGUGCCCCGACAAUCUCUCCGAUUCCCAAUGCUUAAAUCCCAUUAAGGCUUUCCAAGGCUGCAUGAGGCUCAUCUUUAUUGAUAACCAGCCCAAGGACCUCAUUUCAGUUCAGCAAGGUUCCCUGGGGAAUUUUAGUGAUUUACACAUUGAUCUGUGUAGCAUCAAAGACAGGUGCUUGCCAAACUACUGUGAACAUGGAGGACACUGUGUCCAAUCCUGGACUACCUUCCACUGCAACUGCAGUGACACCGGAUACACAGGCGCCACCUGUCACGACUCCAUCUAUGAGCAAUCCUGUGAGGUGUACAGACACCAAGGGAACAAGGCUGGAUUCUUCUAUGUUGACUCUGAUGGCAGCGGGCCGCUGGGACCUCUCCAGGUGUACUGCAAUAUCACUGUUUUCCUGAAAGUCAUCAUCAUCUCCACAAUCUUCAUCAUUAUCAUCAUCUUCUUCAUCAGGGAGCGUGUAUUCUAUGAAAUAUCCUACUCGUGUGUAACUUCUUUAAAAAUUAAUUGCAUAGGUUCAGAAAUGACAUCUGAGGUUGAGCAGGUAAAGGCCAUUGGUGCCAACUCUGAUGACCUGAG